AUGGCGGCCGUAAGCAUCUCACUUGCUUUCUCUAUUGAUUCUCUUAAGCCGAGUCAAACCACGAAGAUUGGUCUCUCUUCUUCUUCGCCUAGAUAUCCAUUACUGUAUUCGUUUAGAUCUUCUCACCGCUCCAAUCUCCGAUUCGCUUUCCCUCCUCCUUCGCAAUCGUCUUCGGUUUCUACAGUCACAGAAACUGCAGAAGAAACUGCGAAAUCAAGCGGAAGCUACUCUUUUCUCGAGGAAUCGUUUCGUACUGGGAGAUUUUUGAGUAACGAGGAGCUCGAGAAGCUCAAAGCUCUUGAAGGGUUUGCGUAUUUCCAAGAGCUUGAAUCCGGAUCGAUGUGGGUUCGUGUUAUGAGAUCCGAGGAGAUGGACUCGACGGUGAAUCUACUGGCGGAGUCAUUCGGCGAGUCGAUGUUAUUGCCUUCUGGUUACCAGUCCGUGUUACGCUUCUUAGUGAAGCAGUAUCUGAUUGAGAGGAGGGAAGUGUUACCAUACGCAGUGACCUUAGUUGGGUUCUACAAGAAGAGAACUGAUUCGUGUAGUGAUGGUGAGGAGGCUGAGAUGGCUGGCACCGUAGAGGUUUGCUUGGACAAACGAGGAGCUAAUGCUUCUCCUCCUUCUCCGACUCCUCCCAAGGAAUCACCUUAUGUCUGCAACAUGACUGUUAAAGAGGACCUUAGAAGGAGGGGAAUUGGGUGGCAUUUGUUGAAGGCGAGUGAGGAACUGAUAUCUCAGCUUAGUCCUUCAAAAGAUGUCUACUUGCAUUGCAGGAUGGUCGAUGAGGCUCCUUUCAGUAUGUAUAAGAAAGCAGGAUACGAGGUUGUUAAGACAGAUACCAUUUUCGUACUUUUGAUGUUACAACGGCGUAAGCAUUUGAUGUGCAAGAAGCUUCCACCAUUCACCAGCCCUUCAGAUACUGUAGAUAUGAUGGAGUCUGAUAAUGAGCUGACCUCCUCUGCCAAUGUGUGA